AUGAAUAAUAAUAAUUCCAGGUAUAUAAUUAGAAACCACAGAUUCUUAGAAAGUUUAAAAUGUUUUGAAAAAUAUUCUUCUUCUAGUAAAAUCAAAAAUGAUUUUGAUUAUGGUAAAAUACUAAAACAGCAGCAUAUCGAUAGUAAAUUUGUAAUUAGUGAGCAAGAAAUAGAUAUUGAAACUGAUAAUCCACAAUAUAUUACAAAUACAAAUAAUAGAGUGAAAAGAACAUCGAUACAGUCAUAUAAUUUUAAUUCACCAAAAUAUCAACAUAUAGAUGAUACUGUUGGCAAUUCGAUGUAUCAAGAAUAUCUUGAAUAUAUUAAAAGUAAUCCUUUACAGACAACUUUAGGUGAUUUUGACCAGGUAAAGGAUGAUAGAUUUAUUUACGAGGGAUUGUAUGAUCGCAAUAGAAUAAUCCUGGAUAAUUUCCAUAUAAAUGACCGUUAUAAUGAUAGCACUGCCAGUAACGUUUUUAGUAUUCCAAAUGGUUUUAAUCCAAGAUUGGCAAGAAAUAUGGCAGCUAACGAGAAGGUGGAUAAAUGGAUAAAUAAAAUACCCAUCAUAAUAUCGAAGAGAGGAGAUAUUACUCCAAAUUGUUUCGAGCCCAGCUUUAGUUUCAAUUGGGAAGAAUUCGAUUUUGAUAAUGAAACUGGGGAAAAUAAUUUCGAAUCUAUUGAUGAUCUUUUGUUUCUACAAAACAAGAAAGUUGACGCUCUGGUACGUAAGAUGUACAUGAGAGAAAAUGAGAUUUAUAACGUUGGCAAUCCUUACAUUUAA